UGCACCAAUCUUCUUGAGGUUUUGAUUCACACAAAGGCUCGGCUGUGAGUGAGAAUGCUUAGGCAUAGCAACUUGCUUAAGAUUUGUAGCUUCUCUCUCCCUCCCUGCCUCCCUCCCCCUUGGGAAAGACAAUGGCAAUGUUGCAUUUCUCUUUGAGCACAUGAAUGCGUGAUUUUAUCAACUUCUGGACCACUUUGAGCCCUUCUAAUCAAUCAGUUGCUCUAAGCCUACUAAUCUUGACUGCGGGCAAGUUAUUAGGUUUCCUGGUUGAUUAGUCAGAAGCUGAUUGAUCACUUGCCGCUGGAAAAAAUGGUACCACCGUCGAGAUUGGAAGCUUAUUCUCUUCCUUUAAGAGGCCAGUCCCUGCCUCUCUAAACUGUCGGACCAAUUUUCACCAUUGAGCUUUGCGAGAGAACCUCUGCAUCAGAGAUGAUGCUUGGAAACUACUGUCUAUGCACACAAGAAAGAUUUUACAUAUGCACGUGCACCAAGAAAGAAUACAUACGAUGACAUAUUAGGCAUUGCCAGAUUGUUGAAAUGCUUUGAUCUAAUUGAUUAGAUCCAAGUCUCUAUAAAUAGAGCGAGAAUAAGAUAUUAAGCUCAUCAUUUUAUUACGAGUAAACUAGAGUUGAGAAAGACAAUAGUGAUGUUUGUCGAUUCCAAAGGCCUUACACAAAUGCCAUUGAAUGGCGACAAAUCUCAAACCUUAAUUUAAGGUUGCCACUUGGUUUUUCAAAUGGGAUUUUGCUAGGCUAGGAGGGUUUUAGCAAUGCUGGCAGAGAGGCCAAACAAAAAUUAUGAGGCCUAAUCUGAGAGGCCUGAAAGCAUUGGGGGCGAAUGACAUGGAAGAGAAAGUAUGGGGGUCAAAAUUGCAAUUAACUAAACAAAAAGAAAAACCCAAUCUUCCCCGACACCCUCCCUCUCUGUCUCCCCCGUCUCCUAAUUGGCUCUUCCAUUUCUCUCUCCACUCCACAGUCCAAGUUCACACCUCAGACACACAGAGAGAGAGAGAGAGAGAGAGAGAGAGAGAGAGAGAGAAAGCGCUCGUGCUCGCCAUAGAUCGAAGCUCAUCUUCGAGCUUCCCCAUCAGUUCGACCCGUUCCUGCAUUUUCCGGGAGAGUGAGAGCGACAAUUUCCUCCCAAUUCUCUCGAGCAUGAGAAUCGCAGAGAAGUGUGUCAGCUUUAUAAUCCAUGCUCUCGAGUGGUAACAGUCACUCCUUCCAAUGUGCGAUGGAAUCUCUGUGUUACGAUAAAAUUCUCUCCCCUUUCCUUUUCCAGUCGGAUUUGACGUGUUCAAUCAGUGGAGACCGCGAAGGUUGGUUGUUAAAAGGUGCACGUAAUGUGCUUUGAUUGCUUCUCCAGGUCUGGAUGAUUUCAAGUUCUUCAAGUGUGGAAGCUCUAGGUUUCAGUAUGUUGUUUGUGUGAGGUGAUUCUGAGGUUUCAUGUUACUGUUAGGUUAAGUACUGGGAUUUAAAGUUGACGGUAGCUAGUUCUGUUCUACAAGCUUACGAGAUUUAGAAGAGAUCUAGCUUCGAAGAUAUGAGGUCAAUUCAGUCAAAUGUAUCUGCUGUUAGAGGAAUAUUUUGGUGACCUUUCACAUAUCUAGGGUUUUGAGCUAAGUAUGAUGCUUGAAAUAUGCGAUGGGGUUUCAAGUUGAGUCUCCAGCUGGGUUUCCGAUGAUCCUUGGAAUUUUGGUUGGGGAAACUUCAUGAAAUUUGAGCUUGUGAGGGUAGGAGUCAGAGAUCUAUUUGGAAGCUUUUUGAGAUAAUUGUGAGUUUCUUAGUCAUGUCUGGAGCUCCCAGAGUAAGGUCAAUGAAUGUAGCUGAUUCCGAGUCCAGACCUGUGCUGGGACCAACUGGGAACAAGGCGGGCUCAUUGGGUUCUAGGAGACCUGCCUCGAAGCCACUAAGAAAGAUUGAUAGAUCUCCUGAACAGGGUAAAAUGUCUGAGGACAAAGGAAAUCAAUCUAGCACUGUUACUACUAUAUCCUCUCCCAAGUUACACUCUGUACUUCGGCGGCAUGAGCAGUUAUUGCAGUCAAACUUGUCCUUGAAUGCAUCAUGCUCUUCUGAUGCCUCAACGGAUUCAUUUCAAAGCCGGGCAUCCACUGGGAGGCUGAUACGGUCUAUCAGCUGCGUAUCUAGGAGGAAGCCUCACCUGUCAAAGUCAAGAAGUGUCGUUUCGGAUGGCGGCCUCGAUUUCGGGUUGGACUCUCCCCCAUCACUUGGUGUUCAGAUGAAGAAGUGUGCAUGGGUAACUCCAAAUACAGAUCCAUUAUAUGUGGCUUUUCAUGAUGAAGAAUGGGGAGUUCCAGUACAUGAUGACAAGAAACUAUUUGAGCUUCUUGUCCUCUCUAGUGCUUUAUCUGAACUUACAUGGCCUGCUAUCUUAAGCAAAAGGCACAUUUUUAGGGAAGUUUUCAUGGAUUUUGAUCCAAUUGCUGUUUCAAAAUUGAAUGAGAAGAAGAUAGUAGCUCCAGGAAGUGCAGCAAGUUCUCUUUUAUCGGAGCUUAAAUUGCGGUCUAUCAUUGACAACGCACGUCAAAUUACCAAGGUAAUCGAAGAGUUUGGGUCAUUUGACGAGUAUAUCUGGGGCUUUGUCAAUUAUAAACCCAUAGUCAGCAGAUUCCGGUACCCUCGACAGGUCCCCGUGAAAACCCCAAAGGCUGACGUGAUAAGCAAAGACCUAGUUAGAAGGGGUUUCCGGAGCGUGGGUCCCACGGUCAUCUACUCUUUCAUGCAAGUGGCUGGAAUUACAAAUGACCAUCUCAUCAACUGCUAUAGGUUCCAGGAAUGUGUACUUGCAUCAGAAAGUAAGGACGAGAACGAGGUGAAGGACGGAGCUGAAGACAAGAAUGGUGAUGAGAUUGUGGGAUCCGAGCUUCCUGGUGCCAUUGAGGAGUUGAGCAUAUCAGAAGAACUAUGAUGUAUGCGAUUCAAUGGCCAUCAAAGCUUCAGGUUUGAUUGACAUCUAGCUUCACCCUUCUUUGACUGGUGUACCUAGUGCUCUAUAAUGGUAGCAGGUUUGUGUAUAAAGAAAAACAAAUUUAAUCAUCAAAAUUUCUGUGCCCCGUGGAUUUCCUGAUUUGUAGAAUGCUGAGAGCAUUGUGCAUGUUAUAAAUGUUGGUGAUGAUUAUGCUGUUUGUGGUGUGGGGCGGAGCCUGCUGGGGGGAGAGAAAAAAAGUAAAAAAAGAAAAAAAGAAAGCUUUAUAGCUGAUUGUACUGUUCUCUGUAUAGUUAAGAUCUGGGGGCGGCAGCAGCAGCAGUGGUGGGUGGCGGUAGGAGGCAAUAGUAGUGGCAGUUGUUUUCUUUAUUUUUCUUGGGCCAUUAAAAUGGGCGGGGGGGUGGGGGUGGUGGCAGCAGCAGUUGGACAUACUUUCCAUUGAAUUCCAUGAUGGGUUAUGAGGGAGCAGCAACAUGUUCUUCGCCAUCACCCAAAUCUGUCACCUCCUAAGUCUGUUCUAUUCUUAUGGUGAUAUGUCGCAAUUAUGAAGUGGGGUCUUUGUCUUUUUGCUUUGAUUGGUUGACCCCUUCAUGAGUUCGUUGGGCAGGACCUCGCAUGUGCACACACACCCACUCUCAAUGGCUUCCCGUUGAUUUUAGGAACUCGGCUGUCUAACGAAAUGAUGUACUUUCUCCUU